CAAGGCAUUUCGGGCUACUGGAGGCUGAUUCGCCCAAUAAUACAAACAAGCUGCCGGACAUAGUGGAAUCGGUUGAACAUGCGAAAAGCCGCCUGCUUAUGAAUUAACAUAAAUUCAGCCUUCAUGAAUGCAUGCUUUUAUGAUUCCCGCACUCUUUUGGAAGUGUCAGUGUUUGAUUGUGCAUGAACUGGGAUAGAAUAUUCAGCACGCGUGUCAAAUAGCUAAUCCUAGAAUAGGAAACACACAGUAACACUCCAGUAUGGCGGACAGUAUGAUGAGUAAAGCAGCCACUAUGGAGAUUCCUAUUAGCAGUAAUGGGGACUCUAGAAAUCUGGCAGAAGAUGACAGCCUGGAGCAGGCUGCAAAGAUUCAGUGGAGCUUAAGAGAGAAGGUAGGGAGUCCUGCAGGCCUCAGGGACUUGCAGCAGGUCAUGGUGUCUGGGCCCAACCUAAAUGAAACCAGUAUCGUAUCAGGUGGUUAUGGAGGUACAACAGAAGGCAUCAUUCCGACCAGCUCUAUCAAAGGCCCUGCAAUCCAUCUUAACACUGACUUUCUGGGCAACAGACGCAUUCCAAAUGAAGGGCAAGGGUCCAACAUGCAUCACACCAGUAGCAAUUCCUCCAUGACAGCAGAAGAGGCCACAAGAGGCAUUGCUGUGGAGAAAUUUGACAUCAUGAAGAAAUGGGGCCUGAACACAUACAAGUGCACCAAACAGAUGAUCUCUGAGAGGUUUGGCCGAGGUUCACGUACUGUGGAUUUGGAGCUGGAGGCUCAGAUCGAGGUUUUGCGGGAAACCAAACGGAAGUACGAGAAUGUGCUGCAUUUAGCACGAGCACUAACCAACCACUUUUACAGCAUGGUGCAGACGCAGCACGCCCUUGGUGACACUUUUGCCGACCUCAGUCAAAAGUCUCCAGAACUUCGGGAUGAGUUUGGAUACAAUGCAGAAACACAGAAGUUGUUGUGCAAGAAUGGAGAGACUCUGCUUGGUGCCAUCAACUUCUUUGUGUCCAGUAUCAACACACUGGUGAACAAAACGAUGGAAGACACACUGAUGACUAUCAAGAUGUAUGAGAAUGCCAGGCUAGAGUUUGAUGCGUACAGAGCAGAUCUAGAGGAGUUGAACAUGGGCCCGCGGGACGCUGUUACCAUGGCUCGUAUCGAGGCUGCUCAGCAGCAGUACCAGAUCCACAAGGACAAAUAUGAACGUCUUCGCAAUGAUGUUACCAUCAAGCUCAAGUUCCUGGAAGAAAAUAAGGUAAAAGUAAUGCACAAGCAACUUCUGCUGUUCCAUAAUGCCAUCUCUGCCUACUUUGCUGGAAACCAGCAGCAGCUGGAACAGACCCUCAAGCAGUUCAACAUUAAACUCAAACCACCCGGGGCUGACAAACCGUCUUGGCUGGAAGAACAGUGAAAGUUCCCAUUUCCCCCUGGUUUCCUGUUAUGUCUUUAGCCACACAGAGCAACACAGUAGGACCACAAGAGACCAGCGAUCUGAGAUGCUAGCAGAGACGGGGGCUACAACAGAGCCUCUUUCAACUAACUCUCUCUAUAAUUCUCUUCCUUGAUUCUUCUCCUCCUCCUAUUCUUGCUCUGAGACUUUCAAAUGUCUGAAUAGUCACCUCUGGUAUGUAACCAGUCCCAAAGGGUCCAAUCAAAUGUCAAAGGUAUCAGUUUAAGCUUCAUCCCUAAAAAUAUCAUUAAACCGACUGAAACGAUCCUUCUGAUAUGUCCAGUCAGAACAGCUGUUUUUUUUUGUUUUGUUUUUUUUUUUUCCCCAAGACUAUUCUCAAUAUUACAAACACACUUUCUCUCUUGACAGUGAACACAUUUUGAGGAACCUUUUCCUUUUGUUUUCUGUGAAAAGUGUUUUAUUUCGUCACUACUAUAUAUUUUUCUGUAUUGUAGAUUUGGUGUUGUAGCUGAUGGGGGGGAUCCAUAUCAUUCAUAUCACAGAGCUUUCCGUGUUCAUUGUCUGUGGUUCUAACUAAAAGUGAUUUUAUUUGGAUAAAAUCCAGAUAUAAGUUUAUCUGAUAUUGGUAUUGCAUCCUUGUAUGUUUACUAGGCCAUGAGAGUACUGUUGAGUCAAUGCUUGUCUAGUUGUCUCUCGUUGAAAUACUUUGAAAACAUGAAACAUUAGAUUUAAUAUUUUAAAAUGAGCCUCUCAUUUUAAGCUAUUUAACCUCAAAUUAAUAAUUCUUUGACAUCCAUUUGAUUAUGGAUUGAAUUUCACCAGAUGUGGGUGUAUAGUUUCCUGCACAUUUUAACAAUGCCCAAAAUAGAAGAUGAAUCUAAAUAUUACUGUCUCUUAUCAAUAUUGUUACAUUUGCUUUACAGCUUUGAAUAGAUGAAACAUGAUUGUUUUCUCGAAGGGAGAAGAGUGUAAUUUUUAUUUUGUUUUAUUUUGACAAUUAUAUUUUAUUGUGGAAUCAUGUUCCAAUGCAAAAUACUAUAGAAAGUUUUGUUGCAAUCAUUUUAAGUUAACAAUCAGAAGUUAAUCAAUGAAGCGUAUGUGUGAAUUGUAUUUGAUUAAUUUAACAUGGGCCAGUGAUUAAGGCCCACUAUUAUCUGCCUCUUUAACUAUUCUCCCAUUAUGUAUUCAAAUGCCACCUUAGCAAUUGGUUCUGAUGCACCCUGUGUUUAAUGCCUUUAUUUACCUUUGUUAACAAAACAAAAUAUUUUUCCCCAAAUGAAAGAUUAUAUACUGAUUAAUAUCACGGUAGCAUUUUUUUUAUUCCAUUAAUUCUAAAUGUUCACAGAAAAUAUAGUACAAAUUCAAACAGAUAUGAACAUUUCAAAAUUACAUAAUUUUUCACCUAAAAUAUUUACAUAUGCUCAUUGCGAUAGCCUUUUUAUAAAUUAGUAAGGUUUUUUUUUUCUUGGAAAUAUGUUUUGUUCUAAACAAACUUGAUGCAGUGGUAAUGAGGUUAAAUGCAGACUGUCAGAUUAGUUUAUGUCAGUCUAGUUUCAUUUUUUAUUUCAUUACAUAAAACUGAAAUAAUGACUAUGAUCUAAUGUUCAGUACUUUUGAACAUUGCACUAAAUCUUUCUAAGCUUGAGAUGAAGCAAUACUGAAGAUGUUUCUAGAAAGUGUAUUUUCAUGUAUGCCUGCAUUGGCUGUUCCCUGUGUGUUUUUGCAUGGCAGGUCUGAUGACAUUAGUUGUACAUUUCCAUGCAUUGUGAUUCAUUCCUGUUCAGUGCUUCAGUAAAACACUACAUGGGUAGUAGUGCAAGAAAAUAACGUUUCUUGGAAAAAGAAAGGUUUCUCAUGAAUGUUAAAGAAUGCUUGAAAUUUAGUUUGAAUGUCACAUAACCUAGUGAAGAUUUUUUUUUUAAAUUGCCUUUUAAUUUUUUGUUUUGUUUUGUUUUGUAAGGACCACUCUGUAACCCCAGAAGAAAGAAAAAAAAAAUGCGUCAGAUGUUUUUAUACCGAGUAUUUUAUUUGUUUUUUACAUUCUGUACAGUUGUCGGACAGCAGAGACGGUACGGUGUGUCAUCAUUUUCUUCUUGAGAGCUGGAGAAAAGGAUUCCAUCUCGAGCCAUAGAGACUGAACUGAUCCAUGAAGUGAUGGACAUUUGUUCCAGAGCAAUAGGAUUUUAAAUGUAGACCUCAACACUAAAUCUGGAUGUUAUUUUCCAGGGGGAUUACUGUUGUUGCUUUUAUUUUGAUUUCUGUUAACAGAAGUGUUUGGCAUUGAAAUGGUCACUCCAUUAGUAAGCCUAGUUUAGCAUAGCAGAAUGAAAGGGUAAAUAUUACCAUAUUUAUGUACAAUCAAUAUUUUAGGCUGCUUUGUGGUAUUGUAGUGUAUGAAUGAUUGUAUAUAUGUAAAGAUAAUUAAGACAGAUUUUGAAACUGGAAACCCGUGAUGUUAGCUUUUGCUCCUGGCUUUGACCAAACCUUUGACCAACAAAUGUACAAUAACCUACCAGAUAAAAUUUGAAAAGUUUGCAAAAA